AUGUGGUAUGGUAUGUUCCUGUGGGCACUGGUGUCUUCUGUCUUCUUUCAUGACCCUGCUGGAUUACUGGCCCUCUUCACCCUCAGACAUCACAAAUACGGUGCGGCACUUGCGGGAACCGCAGGAAAGGAGAUGGUGCCCUUUGAAGCCCUCACCUUGGGCACCGGACAGACGAUCUGUGUCAUGGUGGUCCCCUUCUUUCGGGCUUUAGCUACUCCAUAG